AUGCCUCCCAAGAAGCGUCCUGCAGCACAGCCGGAUUCAAGAGUGACCAGGUCCUCGACGAAGAAAACUACCCAAAGGCCUACUGGUGCUCAGUCGAACACCCUAGCCCCCCCUCCUCAGCCGAGCUCAGCCUCUAUGUCUGCAUCCACCGGUAGGAACGCCACCGGCUCCAGAAAGAGGAAACAAGCUGUAAUCGACCUUAUUUCUUCCGGCGACUCGGAAGCAGAAUCAGAACCAGACAGUGCAACAAUGGGGAACUCGCACAGUAGACACAGGAAGCGUAGGCAACAUGAAUCCCCUGCUACAAAGCCGACAAAGAAGUCUGCAAAGAAGGCCAGGACUGCUCGUGCUCUUUCCCCUGACACCGUCCUUACACAUUGGUUCGAUGAGCUCAAAGGCGAUACUGACGAGAUAAUGAUAACGGACUCGGUCUCGUGGAUGGAAUCCCUCGGUGUGUCACCAGAAGGGAUCGCCUUCUGGGUAAUUGCCUAUUGGUGUGGAGCGAAGGGAAGGGGGGCCAUUGAGCUUAAAGAGUUCAUGGAUGGGAUGAAGGCUUUGGGUAUUGACACCAACGACUCUCUCAGACGCGAACUUCCGGCCCUUCUGCGAGAUGUGGCACCUGGUAGCGACCAGUUUCAAAAGUUCUAUUGGUUUUGCUAUGAGUUCUUCAAGGCUGCCGAUGCAAAGUAUUUGCCCUUGGACAUGGCAUGUGCGAUGUUUACAGUCCUUCUCGAUGAAAGAAGCUACACCACCAAGUGGACCCCUCCAGCCGAAUCGGGCAACACUUUAAAGGCGAGGAAAUCUAUAAUUUGUGAAAAGUUUCCCCAUAAACAUGCCUUCAUAGAAUUUCUCGGCUCCACUCCGCCACCCACUAAAGUGAUUACCAAGGACCAAUAUCGGCAGUUUAUUCCGUUCAACGAACAGGUAGACACCGAUUUCAACGGGUACACCAUAGAAACCAGUGUUUGGCCAUCUCUCUUCGACCAGUUUGUCACCUGGAGUAAGGAGAAACAGUCAAAAGGCGAGGAUUCCAUGGAUCAAUCGUAGCGUUCUAAUCGUAUCGAUGCGGACAUCGGAAAUCUGCCCUCCCCCCAUGGCCGUCACGUCCAUACACAAAUUUCAACACAAAUUAGCUCAUGCCUUUUCUUCUUUUGUAUCUAGUUUUCUUUCGGUUUCCGGGUUCCUGGGUUUGCAUAUCAUAUCAUGAAAGUACCCUUUUUGAGGUAUCAUAACUGGCAAUGUGGUGUUUUCUUCUUCUUUUCUUCCCGUCUUUUCAAUGCUGCAAUGGUAUAAUAAUGGUAAACAAGGCAUGGCUGGAAGGGUAAACGGGCUACCCGAGAUACCAUAA